CCGAGGGGGCUGCAGCGGGCAGGGGAGCGAGCGAUCGUGGAGGGCUUGUGAGGAGACGCGGAGGCGCCGAGACGGGAGACGCCGAGGGGAACCUCGAGAGGGCCAGAGUGGGGCAGUCUGGCUCUGGUUCUGCUCUCUUCUGGGCCCUGGGGACCCUCGUGCCACCUCACAAACCUUUUCGAGCUCAGAGAGUGUUUUGACCCUGCAAAACAAUUGCAAAUGGAGGUUAAUAAAUCUACCAGAACGUACGAUGUCAGCCACGAUGUAACCCACGUAGUUAUGAAUUAUAUUUAAGGUUAAACACUAAAAUGAGAAAAGUUGAUCUCUGUUUGAGCUCUGAAGGGACAGAAGUGAUUUUAGCUACAUCAAGUGAUGAAAAACACCCACCUGAAAAUAUCAUUGAUGGAAAUCCAGAAACAUUUUGGACCACCACAGGAAUGUUUCCCCAGGAGUUCAUUAUUUGUUUUCACAGACAUGUAAGGAUUGAAAGGCUUGUAAUCCAGAGUUACUUUGUGCGGACCAUAAGGAUUGAAAAGAGCACAUCUAAAGAGCCGGUUGAUUUUGAGCAAUGGAUUGAAAAAGAUUUAGUACACACAGAGGGACAGCUUCAAAAUGAAGAAAUUGUGGCACGUGAUGGCUCCGCCACUUACUUGAGAUUCAUUAUUAUAUCAGCCUUUGAUCAUUUUGUAUCUGUGCAUAGUGUUUCUGUGGAGGGAACAGUAGUCUCAAAUCUUUCUUAGUAAUUGUAACAAAAUGCUCUUGCAUGAUUUUUUAAACCAUAUAUUUAUUUACACAUGAAGUUGUCAUAGAUGUAUUUUAUUAAAAAGACUUAUAGCAA